AUGAUUCAACCAAGCUACGAUGAAACCGUCAAGGCAAUCAACAUAGAUCCGACAGAACUUAAGGAGAUCAAGGUGAUGGUUUCCCAAAUUCUAAAGAAUACUAUGAGACCUAAAGCACAUGAAGGAGUGACAGUCCCUCAUGAAGACGUUGAUCAAGAUUUCGUUGGAGAUUCUUCAGCAUGUGAUCUAAGGGAAGUAAGCUACAUAGGCUCUCGAUACAAAAAUCUUGGGACAAGGAGUCACGGCCCCCAUUACGGUCCUAAGGAACGUUUUUAUACUCAUCAAAACGUGCCUCACGAGACCAAUAUCCAACCGAAGCAACAGUUUGCUAAUGGAGAUCAAAAACAGCAUUCGAGUGGUUUCCAAGGCGUUGAGUCAAGAGNGAUUUCGGAAAAAGAUUUUGAGCCCUUGAUAAAUGGGUUUCACUAUGAACUCAACAAGUUCAGAAAGAAAAUUCGUACUAGGAUGGAUAUAUUGGGACAUGACAUUAACAACAAGAUAUAA